UUGAUUAGGGAAGGGGAAGAUGAGAGGUGCUUCUCCUGCUCUAAUCCUCUUAGCGGCAUUAUGCUGAGCUCCGGCCAAGCCCCGACAUGCGGUGCGCCCUUGUAGCUGGCCAAAAGCCGGAGUCAGCAUCUCUGGGUCGGCGGCGCACAGCUGGAGGAGUCGGUGUCCGCGGAGAGGAGACCAAGCACCCGGUGGCCCCAGCAGUCCUUCUACAGGUUAAAUCCACCCGCUGUGAAAAGAUGAAUCCGGCUCUCUGUCUGUCUCCGUUAGGUCACUGGAAUGCAUCUCACCUAACUUCCAGCUGGGACUCAAGUCGGUGAACAUGCAGUUUCCUCAGAGGAGGCUCAACCGCAGCCGUAUCCUCCUCUUCGUCUCAGGCGUGCUGCUCUUAUGCAUCUACGCGCUGAGUCUGAAGAGCAGGCAGCCUCAUGCCCCCAUCAGCUUCAAUGCUGGAGCAGACUGGGGCGGUGAGGAUGAUCUAGAGGUCAGACUUCGGGAGGUGAGGGCCUCCAAUGAGACUGAACUAGAGAGCACCAAACCUCCCUUGGUGAUUAUUGUCAACAGGACAGAUCUAGAAGUGUGCCACUAUGUGGAUCCUCGCCCUCCAAGAGCACCUCCGACUCCACCGCUGCUGACCACCACAGCUCCUCCCCAACAGCCACUCCAACCCCCGCACAGUAAAGGAGACUACCCAGAAGACCUCUUCUCAGUGGAGCAGCGACGCCAAGGCUGGGUGGUUCUGCAUAUCAUUGGUAUGAUCUACAUGUUUGUUUCCCUGGCCAUAGUCUGUGACGAGUUCUUCGUUCCUGCGCUGGGAGUCAUCACUGAUAAACUGGAGAUCUCUGACGACGUUGCCGGAGCCACUUUCAUGGCGGCUGGAGGCUCAGCCCCAGAGCUUUUUACCUCCCUCAUUGGUGUCUUCAUCUCUCACAGCAACGUGGGCAUUGGCACCAUCGUGGGCUCAGCCGUCUUUAACAUCCUGUUUGUGAUCGGAAUGUGUGCUAUCUUCUCCAGGGAGAUGCUGCACCUCACCUGGUGGCCUCUCUUUAGGGACAUAAACUUCUACAUCUUGGACCUCAUCAUGCUUAUCGUCUUCUUCCUGGACAAUGUGAUCUGGUGGUGGGAGAGCUUGAUGCUGGUGCUGGGCUACAUAAGCUACGUGAUCUUCAUGAAGUUUAACAGUCAGAUUGAGCGGACUUUCAAAAACCAGCUCAACAGGCACAGGAGCAUCGUCAAGACGUGGAGCACGACCGAGCCAGAAAAGGAUUGUGAGGCUGCCCCUCCGCCGCCACCUCCUCCUGCAGCGCAGGAAACUAACCCCAAGCCAGAAGCUGCACCGCCUGCACCAGGCAGCCCUCAACACAAAAGCCUGCAACCAGAAACCCAAGAGGACAAAGCUCGGCUCAGAGUGCGUCCAGUUUUACAGCGAGGUGGCAGCUCAGCAUCCCUCCAUAACACGUCGCUGAGGAGCCCCAUCUUCCAGCUGAUGAUCUACACUCUCGACCCACUUGGGGAAGAAGCAGCACUUAGAGGAGCCGUAAGAACCAGUCGGCCAAAGAAAGCUACAGAAGAAACGUCUUUUAAUGGUGAUGUCAAAGGGGUGAGGCUUGUAAAGAAGAAAGCAAAGAACAAAGUAAAACCUCUGGGUGUCCCUUUGACAGAGAAACAACACAACAAGUCUCUUUACCGCCAUGUUGAAGACACAGGUCAGAAACCAAAGUCAGAGCAGUCUGCUUCUGCUGGUACAGCAGGGAGCGUUGCAGCUCAACCGUCCACCUCGCAGCCUCCAACAGAGGAGAACGUGCAGAAGACCCCUGAUAAGGCGGAGGAGUCAAAGGCAGCAGAAUCAGAGGGAGGAUCUGGAGGUUCCCAGAAGAGCAGUGAGGAGGACAGCGGUGAAGAUGAAAGCAGCGACUCUAGUGAGAGCAAGGAAGAAGAUGAGGAAGAUGAAGAAAAUAAAGAAGAGGAAGAGGAGAGCGAGCCCCUGACUUUGGAGUGGCCAACGACUCCACGCAAACAGGCCACCUACCUUUUCUUGCUCCCCAUUGUUUUCCCACUGUGGCUGACGCUGCCAGAUGUCCGUAACCCGGCAUCCAAACGAUUCUUUAUCGCCACGUUCCUUGGCUCCAUCUUCUGGAUCGGCAUCUACUCCUACAUGAUGGUGUGGUGGGCUCAUCAGGUAGGUGAAACUAUUGGCAUUUCAGAGGAGAUCAUGGGUCUGACCAUCCUGGCAGCAGGAACAUCCAUUCCAGACCUCAUCACCAGCGUGAUUGUGGCUCGGAAAGGUUUGGGAGACAUGGCCGUCUCCAGCUCUGUGGGAAGCAACAUCUUUGACAUCACUGUUGGCCUGCCUGUCCCCUGGCUUAUAUACACUGCCCUGCAUGCCGGCGAGCCGGUGACCGUCAGCUCCAACGGCCUGUUCUGUGCCAUCGUGCUGCUCUUCCUCAUGCUCCUCUUCGUCAUCAUCUCUAUCGCUGUUUGCCGCUGGAAGAUGAGCAAAAAGCUGGGCGUCACCAUGUUUGUACUGUACAUUGUGUUCCUCGUCCUCAGUGUCCUACUGGAGAACCGGGUCCUCAUCUGUCCCAUUUCUAUCUGAUGCCAUCGAUGCACAUUAAUUUCCAGUCCAGACCGGCUCUGCAGGAGUUAAGUUGGAUUACAGAUUAAAGAUUUACCAUUAUUUAUGCACCUCAGAAAUCUGCUAGUUCUGCAGGUUCUAUUAUUUUAACGGGUUAAAAACUUAUUUAUUUAUUUAUUUAAUUAUUUUCUCUUAAGCUCAGCAGGAAGUAUAAAUACUAACAGUUUAAUAUUUCAAUAAGUAAGAUCUAAUCGGUUGUGAAAGUAGCUAAACGAUCCAUAAAGUUGAUGUAGCCAUAGUGUCUGGAUUAUAGAGCCUUAAAUAAAAGCCGGGUACCUAGAAACCAUAUUUUAUGUACACUGCAAGUAGCAGUUUAUGUCAACAGGAGGAAGUUGCAGGUCUUGACAUUACCUCCAGGUAGCAGUAGUUCACUUUGUCUUUCCAAGCUUUGUAAGAUGGGAGAAAAUAUCGUUGUUUUUUUUUUUGUUUACAGGUAACUAACAGGUCAGGUCUCCGGGUCAGGGGGGGGGUCUCCUGCCCCAAGUGGAGGAGUUUAAGUAUCUCGGGAUCUUGUUCACGAAUGAGGGA